GUCGUUCAGACUGAAAAGUUUUUUGUAUAGCGUGCGUUUGAGUGUUUAAAAACAAUUACAGUGGUAACCAUGGAGAUUUCUAAGUUAAAAAGUGAAUUGAACUGUGAUGAACAAACUCAAAUUGUAGCGAAACCUGUAAAAAGGCCGUUCGACGUAGCUUUCUUAAUGUUACCAGAUGAAAAACUGAAACAGAAACAAAAAUUACAAGCCAUAUAUGACAAUUCUUAUAACAGUACUGAAGAAGAUGAAGAAAUCGACAUUAUGGAUACGCCACGUGAGUACAAGAAGUUAUAUACGCAUAAACUAGAUCAAUCCAGCUUAAUAAAACCCAAAAACUUAGACGAUUUACGUUCCAAAUCAUUAACCACAUCCUCCAGUGAACAAAAAAGUGCUUUUACCAAAGUAAAUUUAGGAAAAGACACUAGGCUGUCACCCGCUCUAAGCGUAAGUCCCGACUUGAACUACCAAAGCUCGCUAUCACCAUCGCCACCGAUCAUCAACAAGAGCUACCAAAACUUCUCGGGAAUCCUAACACCUAAUCAACUAUUUAAAAACCAACAACUAGCAUAUCAACAUCAAUUUCUACAAGACAAUUUCCAUCACACCAGUCCAGCGAACCUAGAAAACAAUUUUUUCAAAUCGCAACCCGAACUUCUACAGCCGAAUUUCGCUAAAAUACGACCAAUAUAUCGACCGGACUUGACGUACGGUUACCAGCAGUUCUCCAAUCCUGAAAUGUUGAAAAUGGCACCUCCGGAGCUACGUAGUCCAGCCGCGGCUAUCCUAACCUCACUUUUACCUCCGUCGUUGGCCGCUUUGAGUCUACCAGCGCAGAAUAUUUGCGCCAAAUGUAAUAUUUCGUUCAGGAUGACUUCGGAUUUGGUUUACCAUAUGAGAUCGCAUCACAAAAACGAGACCGGGGACACUAUUAGAAAGAAGAGGGAAGAUAAAUUGAAAUGUCCCGUAUGCGCUGAGUCCUUCAGGGAAAGGCAUCAUUUGACGAGGCAUAUGACGGCUCAUCAGGAUAAGGACGAGGACGAAGAGAAGGCUAGUAAGAAAGGGUUUUAAAGUUUGUUGAUUUUGGUGUAAUGCAUGAUUAUUGGGUCUUGAGAAUCUGUCAAAAUUUAUAUGCAACUGAGAGAAUGAGGGCGAUAUACAGGGUGUCACAAAAAUUGUUUUUGAUAAUCCAUAAUCGAGCAUUAAAUUUUGUAAAAUAUAGACAAUAUACAGGAAAAAUAAAAAUAAUGAUUUAUAAUGAAGAG